CAUGUGACUGACUUUCGGAUCUUUCCGUGUCUGUCCGCCUUCUCAUUAACAUUCCUCAGUUGUGGGUGUUAUGCCGAAGAGAUCUCUGGCGCGCGGCGCGGCGCGGAGACGCGCACCAUCUCCGUGCGUUCAGAAGAGGUGCAGCUGCCGGUGGAAGGGGAGCGACGACGAGGAGCGGAAAAGGAGACAGCAGAACCUCACCGCAGGCGACCAUUCCUUCACUGCUGGUGUCAUUUGACUGCUACGAAACGUUCGUCCCCAGAAGCCUUUCUUUUUCUCUCCCAGAGGCUAAAGGUUCCUAAUAUGUGUUGGAUUUAACGCCUCCAAAGAGGGGGGAAAAAACAGGAAGACCAGACUCCUCUGGUGGAUGUGGACACCUGAACUGUAGACAUGGGAAAUAUAGUGAAUUUAUUUGUUUCCAUUCUUCUGGUUUUAUGUGAAUGCGCCUUUGGUGGCUCGCCCAGUGUUCAAAUUGGGGGACUUUUUCCGAGGGGCGCCGAUCAAGAGUACAGCGCGUUUCGGAUAGGAAUGGUUCAAUUUGGCACCUCAGAAUUCAGACUGACUCCCCAUAUUGACAAUCUGGAGGUUGCCAACAGUUUCGCUGUGACCAACUGUUUCUGCUCACAGUUCUCAAGAGGAGUCUACGCCAUCUUUGGAUUCUAUGAUAAGAAGUCUGUCAACACCAUCACGUCGUUCUGCGGCACGCUGCACGUCUCCUUCAUAACGCCCAGCUUCCCUCUGGACGGAAAUCAGCAGUUCAUUAUCCAGAUGCGGCCUGAUAUUAGGGGGCCCCUCCUCAGCCUCAUCGAGUACUACAAGUGGGACAAGUUUGCCUAUCUAUAUGACAGUGAUCGAGGCCUUACAACCCUGCAGGUGGUUCUGGACACAGCGGCAGAGAAAAAGUGGCAGGUGACCGCCAUCAAUGUGGGAAACCUCAAAGAUGAGAGGAAGGACGAAGCUUACCGCUCGCUCUUCCAGGACCUGGAGAACAAGAAAGAGAGGAGGGUGAUCCUGGACUGUGAACAGGACAAAGUGAAAGACAUCAUGGAGCAGGUCAUCACUAUCGGCCGACAUGUUAAAGGCUAUCACUACAUCAUUGCUAAUCUGGGUUUUGUUGAUGGAGACCUUUCCAAAAUUCAAUACGGUGGAGCCAACGUUUCAGGCUUUCAGAUUGUUGACUUCGAUGAUCCAUUGGUUUCAAAGUUUGACCAACGGUGGGAGGCCCUGGAAGAAAAGGAAUAUCCAGGAGCAGAUAGCAAAAUAAGGUACACGUCAGCGUUGACCUAUGAUGCGGUACAGGUGAUGACAGAAGCCUUCAGAUACCUGCACAAGCAGCGCAUUGACUUUACUAGGAGGGCCAACACAGGCGACUGUCUAGCUAAUCCCGCUGUGCCUUGGGCUCAGGGAGUGGAGAUCGAACGAGCCCUGAAACAGGUCCGCGUGGAAGGCCUUUCUGGAAAUAUUCAGUUUGAUCAACAUGGCAAGAGAGUCAAUUAUUCAGUGAAUAUAAUGGAGUUAAAGAGUAAUGGUCCCGUUAAGAUUGGAUACUGGAAUGAAGUCGACAAAAUGGCUGUGACCAAAUCAGAUGUCUUCACCAAUGACACCACGGGAAUGGAAAACAAAACAGUUAUUGUCACCACCAUCUUGGAAGCUCCGUAUGUCAUGCUGAAAAAGAACGCUGACCUUUUUGUGGACAAUGAGCGCUACGAGGGUUACUGUGUUGAUCUGGCUGCAGAGAUAGCCAAGCACUGUGGCUUCAAGUACCAGCUGAAAAUAGUGGGCGAUGGAAAGUACGGAGCCAGAGAUGCCGAAACCAAGAUCUGGAAUGGAAUGGUUGGAGAGUUGGUGUAUGGGAAAGCAGAUAUUGCGGUUGCCCCUUUGACCAUUACGUUGGUGCGAGAGGAAGUGAUUGACUUCUCUAAGCCCUUCAUGUCUCUGGGAAUCUCCAUCAUGAUCAAGAAGCCUCAGAAAUCCAAACCUGGAGUCUUUUCUUUCUUGGACCCGCUGGCUUAUGAGAUCUGGAUGUGCAUCGUUUUUGCCUACAUCGGCGUCAGCGUGGUGCUGUUUCUUGUCAGCCGCUUCAGCCCCUAUGAGUGGCACACUGAGGAGUACGAGGACGGGCAGAUCCAGACCAAUGAAUCGACUAACGAGUUUGGCAUAUUUAACAGCCUGUGGUUCUCGCUAGGAGCCUUCAUGAGACAAGGAUGUGACAUCUCUCCCAGAUCCCUGUCUGGGCGUAUUGUUGGUGGUGUCUGGUGGUUCUUUACUCUAAUCAUCAUCUCCUCCUACACGGCUAACCUGGCUGCCUUUCUGACUGUCGAGAGAAUGGUUUCUCCCAUUGAAAGUGCGGAGGAUCUGGCCAAGCAGACGGAGAUAGCAUAUGGGACUCUGGACUCUGGCUCCACUAAAGAGUUUUUCAGGCGCUCAAAAAUUGCCCUCUUUGACAAAAUGUGGACCUACAUGCGCAGUGCUGAGCCCUCUGUGUUUGUGAAAACCACGGCCGAAGGGGUCCAGAGAGUCCGCAAGUCUAAGGGGAAGUACGCCUACCUGUUGGAGUCCACCAUGAACGAAUACAUCGAGCAGCGAAAGCCGUGCGACACCAUGAAGGUGGGAGGUAACCUGGACUCCAAAGGCUACGGGAUCGCCACGCCGAAAGGAUCCUCAUUAAGAACGCCAGUAAACCUUGCAGUAUUGAAACUCAGUGAACAAGGCGUCUUAGACAAGCUGAAAAACAAAUGGUGGUACGAUAAAGGUGAAUGUGGAGCCAAGGACUCUGGAAGUAAGGAGAAGACCAGUGCCCUAAGCCUGAGCAACGUGGCUGGGGUCUUCUACAUUCUGGUCGGCGGACUCGGUUUGGCCAUGCUGGUGGCCUUGAUAGAGUUCUGUUACAAGUCCCGAGCCGAGGCGAAACGAAUGAAGGUGACCUUUGGGGAUGCCAUGAGGAAUAAAGCAAGACUUUCCGUUACAGGGAGUACUGGGGAGAAUGGUCGGGUGAUGACUCCAGAGUUUCCCAAAGCUGUCCACGCUGUCCCGUAUGCGAGACCUGACAUGGGACUAAACGUCAGCCUGACAGAUCUAUCCUGAUCACUGAGAAACUCCUGAGUGCCUUACAUUGGUUUUAAUAGAGGGAUUUUUUUUUAUUAUUUUCUCUCUUUUCUGUUCUGGCAUUAAAUAUUUUUUUUGUUUGUCUUGUGAAAUAAGUAAAGGUAUGAGAUAGAGGUUUUUCUCUUUCUCUGUUACAAAGACUCUUACUGUUGCUCUCUUCUCUACAUUUUCCAUAAAAAACGCUUCCCUUGAUGGGUGGAAUUUUACUCAAAGUAUAAAGAGGUGGCUUUUGUUUUCUAAACUUGUGAUAUCAUGCUUUUCCUACCUGCUUGAACUGGACUGAGACAGAAGCAAGGGCUUGAUUCACGGCUGCAGUUUCUCCUGGGCGUCAGCGAUUCGGUCAGCCCCGCUGUACUUGUGUGCCUGAAUAGCCUGAGUGUUUGUGUGUCUGUGUGUGUGUGAGAGAGAGAGAGAUAGAGGGGAAAAAUGUUGUUGAAAACUGUUUCUGUAGCCCCCAUCGCCAAACUGGAACUUCAAGCACACUUGACAUCAUCUCCAUUAAGAUGUGAAAUGUUUUUUUUUUUUCUUUUCGUUUUUUUUGUAAGAAAAUUUGCAGAUGAAAACAAAAUAAAAAAAAUGUUUUUAUGUAUUUUCACAGAAUAGCUUUUAAAUAAACUUGCGUACAUACUGGUUGCAUAUAAACAACCUAACAUGUGAGUUCAGAGAAAGAAAAAGUACUAAACAGCUUCUAGUUCCAUAUUUUGAAAGCCAAAUACAUUGCAUAAACGAGAGUGAGAUCUUAAAGUCAUGUAAUUAAUUCUUGAUUAAAACUUUCCUGUAUAUUUUAUUCUUUAACAUUUGGUGUUGAUAUGAUCUAUAUGUCAAUGCUUGACAUUUGGAAAUAAUACUUCUUGGCUUUUUAUUGUUGGAGUUGUUGCAGCAACUUUCCUUUAUUCUUUCGUCUCUGUUUGCUUCAGUGCUUUUGCUGUUUGUAUUUUUUCUGAUGAGAACCGGGGUUCACGCUCUGUUUUUCAAGACGAAACUAAUCUGUUUACACGCCAUGAAUGGAGAACAACGAACAGUACGAUAUGGUAUUAUAGCGUUACAUCAAGAGGAGGCAUCCACAUUCACAUGGCUUAGGUGAUGGUUCAAAAUGCCAAAUAAGUAAGAGUGCCAAAUUCUAGUGCCAGUAGAUAUAACCAUAGUCUUACUAUAAUGAAUAACUGUCAUCUCAGUGAAUGUAAAUGACUCUGAUACAUUCUGUAACUUUUGUAUCUAGGUGUACAGUUGGUGGCAAUGACAGUACUAAUAACAAUAGCCUUUUUGCUUUGUUUUUCCGUCUCCAUGUAUUUUGCAUUGAUCUGACGAUGAAGUAGCAUCAGUUGCAUGUUGUUGCCGCAAAUACUACAUAAGUUUAUUUCAUUACUGCUAAGCAUCCGUUUUCAUUUUAUUGUCGAGAUUGUGAGGUUAACUGUUUGAAAUUGGAAAUAUAAUGUAAGACAUAUAUAGAUAUACACACCAUAUAUUAUACAUAAAACAUAUAUUUUAUAUAAAAAGUGAAAACAUUUAAAAAAAAUAUUAUAUCCCAUUACAAAAUCUACUUUGCUUCAAUGAAAUACUACAUUUAUUUGUUAGUAUUCUGAAAACGCUUUUUACAAUACUAACAAUGUUGAUUUCUGUUUUGCAAAUUUUUUUAAUAUUUGUCUUCAAUUUCCUGUCAAAACUCAACCUAAACUGUUUUAUUUUCAAUGUUGUUUUUGAAAUCAACAUUAGAAAUAUAAACCAUUGUUGCUAAUCAGUUUCAUGACAUAUUCAGGCUUCUCACUGACAUUUUGUAUAUGGAAUGUGUGCUAACUUCUUUAUUUUUUGGAACUAUUUCUAAAUAAAAGUUGCUGAUUUCUUGUUA